CAAUUAUGCAGCUGUCCUCUGACCGGGUUCAAAAGUCCUUGGUGAUAGGACACUCAGUGCACUCAGCCUGAUAUUGAUAUCCGGAUUCCAAAGCUUUCGACCGCUUUCGAAAUGUCCAGUAUCUCGUUGAUAGUUUGCUCAAGGAAUAUGGAAACAAAGAGCAUCAUUUUUAUGAGUUAUUCGUUUAUGUUCGAUAAUGGCCCUUGCUGGUGAUCCUAUAUCUGAGAAUACGGCGCUCUUGUCGUUGUUGGGCCCCGUCCUGGAACCAGUAACUGAGCAUGAAAUACCCCAUCGCAACAAACGUUACGAAAGUUCUUAUCCACUCAUAUUUAAACAUGAAAAGCAGCUUGCUCAGGCAUUUGCCCUAAUAUUGGUGAACACCGACGAUCCGAAGCGAGUUGGGGCCGUCUGCAUAGAAGUCGCGGAUGGCGGGCAUCUUCAAUUAAGGACAGCGGUGAACUCAGGGACUCAAGAAAAUCGGAAAAUUGCUUUUCAUAAGGUUAUGAACCACUUGAACUGCGACAACGUCACUUCGAACUCUCUAUUGAACGAGAUGAUUGAUGUUUGCCGGCUGAAGCUCCUGUCUCGAUUAUGUUCGCACCAUGCUCCCAAUUCAAGGAAAUCGAACAGGCAGCCUAUUAUUCGCAAGCUGCAUGAGUUUGUCCGAUUAUUCGACAAAAUCAGGAAAGCACCGUCAGAACUGAUUCCCCUAACUGAGCACACUUCCUCUCUCGUCCAAGAUUUUGACCGAAUCGAGGAGAUGUCCGCAUCUGAGGCCAAAUUGGGACAGCAGAAAACAAACCUUUUCCAGAUCAUUCAUAGAAUUAAUGACAUGCUGGCUGAAGUCGACUUGUUGGCCGUGUUAGGUCUACUAAUGAAGCAUGCCGUUGUUCCAAACCUCACUGAAAUCACGGCCACUAUCAGGAGGUUCAAGCAGCUACAGCAGUAUCUCUUCGCUGCACGCACUCUUGUUUCUCUAAUACAAAAAUACCCCAUCAUCCGCAACAUGACAAUUCAAGGGGUUGAACUAGGCCCAUUCAUGGAAUGCAAUCAGGGUCCGCAACCUUCAGGGGUCCGUUCCGGCUUGUUCAGGCGCACGCUUGCGUCUAAAAAGUCAAAAGUCUCACGAGCAUUGCUACGUCAUAUAUAUAAGGAGCUUCAGACUGACCAGGCAGGAAUAUUAGAGAACAUCGACAGGUUUUCAGAGAGGGACAAAUUAGUUCACGCGGAGAUUCAGCUUCUAUUCCAAUAUGAAGAUUCCAAAGAUGACAUUGCUCUACCGCCCCGGGUCAUCUGUUCCAGCAAACAUGCAUGCUUCUCUUGCAACCUGUUCCUGAGGGUACAUGGCCGUUUCUACACGCCCGGCACCCAUGGCCGCCUUUACGAGCCGUGGAGACUCCCUCACCAUGACGAGCUUGGGCUGCCUGAAGAAUCAAUCAAUGGGCAUUUAGUCCAAUUCAACAACGCCCUAGAAGAUAGGAUCAAGACUACUCUCAAGUCUGGAAAAUCUAAACUGGCUUACCCAUGCGAGAGUACAAUUUUCCACUUGGGCUCUCAAGCUUCCUCAGUUUUAUCAGUGCAUCGUCAGGCGCCACCACGAGCUGUGCCAGGAGCCGGUCAAGAUCAGCUCGAAAAUGAAGAUUCCAACAGGUCACUGGUGCAACCCGAGCCGGUUAGCACGUCUCCAAAACAAAAGCCUUCCUCUGAUCACGGUGUCCAGCCCGUCCAAACGGAGAUAUCCCCCUCCGUUUAUCUUGAAGAUACGGACGAAUUAUCGGACCUAGCAAGUCUGCCGACUGUUGACCGUAUAGGAAAUUCGAAAAUCAUCGACGUUCCUGAACCAGUGGAUCAACCCGCUAUUCCUCAAAGAUUGGGGACAUGCCGUAGUGCCAAUGGUUCGUUUGUUUCGAUCCUAUAUAGUCCGAAAUCCAGGAUUUCGAUCGAGAAGACACAUCCUUUGAUCCUUGGCCCCCCCUUGAUACUUCGAGUAGCCCCAGAGCAGUCGGUGCGAGUACACAGUCCACGCAUACACAUGGAGUUGACAUCCGGGGAUGGUUGCACAUUCGACGACACGUAUGGCGAAGUCAGUGUCUUUAUUGUAAACGUGGAAUUGCUCGAGUUUUCUCAAGCGCUAGAGCGCUAUAAACAGCAGGACAUGGUGGACCUUAGUUUGCCACAUGAAUGCCCUGAAUCCUUUCAUGAUAUCCGAGAGCAAGAUUUAGUCCUUCGAAAAAGACAAGAUGUAGUCGUCAUUCGGGUCCAGCCAGAGUGAGAUUUUACAGCUGCUAUUCGACCAGACUAUGGGGUUCGACAGACACUGCAUAAAAACCCUCAGUGCACACACUGGACGCUUCUUACUUAGAAUUGUUGGCGGCAAUAUCUCUCUGGGUGUACUGGCAUUAUCCACGGGAAUCGAUUC